CAACAACGACGGCCAUUGCGUUCCUGAUCAAUUGGAAGAAAUGAAGGAAGAAGGGAAAGAUUUCAAAAAAGAAUUAAAAGAAGAAGAAGAAGAUGAAGAAGAGAAGAUAGAGAAGUUCUUCGCUCUGAUAAGAAGCUUUCGAGAUGCUCGUGAUGGUUUUGUUAAGAAACGCGAACUCAACAAUGAUCCAAAGACGAAAGAUAAGAGAGAGGAAUCUGGAGAUGAUGGCAACAAGAGGAAGAAGCAAAAGAAGAAUCACAGAGAAGAAGAAGAAGAAGGAGCCAGAUUGGAUCUACAACUUGCCUUGUAAUAACCUCUGUCUAUUAUUGUAGGAAAUAGGAAUGUAGGUUAGUGGUGGUUAUUAGAAAGUCUUUCUUUUCUAUUAAUCUUUACUACUUAGCCUUUCUUUUUUUUUUUUUUUUUUUUUUAGCUUCUAGGUAGUGACACUCAAUGGAAUAUGGUGGUGGUUUCUAUCCUUAUUUCAGAUUACCAAUAAUUAUAAUCAUGGUUUCAAAAA